UAGAUAAUGGCGUGGUGUAGGCGGCACUGCAAAACAAUGUUGGAAGGUUUUGCAACCAGAAAAGCAGCGGCUGCGGCAAGCAACUGGAAGAAUGAGACGAAUAAAAUUAGCAUGUUUUCACAAUUCAUAAGAAGAAAUUCUUCUACUUUAGCAACACUUAAGGCAGAGGAGAAAAAGAAGAAAGGAAUCAUGGAAGAAGAAAGCUUGAAGUAUAAGUCACUCUAUUUAUGUUUCGAGGAGUACACUAACGACAAUGCUCAUGUUAUUCAAUCCAUCAGAUUAAGCCAUCUGUUGGCACCACCAGUACAUGGCAGCGAUGAUCUGAAAUUACAAAGAGUUGCUUAUAGAUGUGGACCGGAUACUGUUGUUCCCCUACAUAUGAGUACUGGCGUCGUCGGCUCCAAAAUUAUUCUCUUUGGUGAUCCAAGCAUAGAUCCAAACCCGGAAUUGCAGCCUUCCCAAGUUUUUAAGAUUAGUAUACCUGAACCUGUUCUAGUAGAGGUGGACGACAAACUUUAUCGUUUCGGUGGUCGAUGUGACUGUGAGUCAUUUGAGGUUUUUGAACCAAUACAGGAUGCCUGGUUGCCUCUGGAUGUGCCUCCUCGAAAGUAUCCCCACGGCUUCACUCAUGCAAUUGCAGGCACCAAAAUCCUACUCUGGGGUAGAAAUCAGGCUGGAGUAUACAUGUUUGACGCGACCCAUCCGGAAAAAGGAUGGACAGAAUUGGACCCUUGUUUGGGAAGCUAUAUUCCUUCUAUUGAUGGUUAUGAUCAACUAUUUGUCAAGUUGAAGUUUCACCAUCAUGGUGAUAGUGAGGGUUUCCUAAUGUUCUCCAUUAAUUUGGAACAACCUCAUACAAUACUAGCCUUCCACAUGUCUUGUACAUGUGAUUCCUUAAAACCUAUGGAACCUCUGCAGCUGCCAGAAUGGCUUCCAAAAUUUCAUAGACCAAGUCGAUGUCUGUUUUUUCACCUCGGAGGGCAAAAAGUCGGCCUUGUUUUCUCCCGUGAUUCAUUACGUGAGGAUACAUUACGUGAUUACUUUUAUGAUCAUUAUGAUUUCCCUUCUGAUUAUGAUGACGAUCAUUAUGAUUUCCCUUCCGAUUAUGACGACGACGAUAAUGAAGACAACGAAGAUGAUGAUAAAGACAACAAAGACGAUGGCCAUAAUAAUGAUAAUCACGACGUCUCUGAUAAUGUUAAUUAUGAUGCCCUUGAGGAUAAUGACAAUGUGAGAGUUCUUGUCAUAAUCUUUGAAUACGAAAUUGCUGAGGAAUCCAUGGACAUCAAAUACAAGUUGCUUUGUACUCGCUGCCUUGAAUACUCUUCCAAGAAUCCUGAAGAAGAAUCUUGGAACGGUACUUCACAACUAAUAGGUGCCUAUGUGAUGUAA